AUGUCGUUCUUCCGGAGCCAACCCGAUGUAGAGACACGCUUAUGUACAGCGGUCAACGUCGCCAUUCAAGCUGGGGAUCCGUAUCAACUACAAUCGAUUGUACUUCUGGAACCAGGCGAAGGCAAUGCUUUUCCGCCAGAUCAUCAAGAACUCAUCAAGUCCUUGCAGCAGAAUUACCCUGCGACCAAUGAAGACUCCGAGAAACGCCUUGAGGAUCUUGUUAGACGGGUUGUUACUGAGACAGCAGAGUCUGAAGAUGAGGAAGGGAGACCUAUACAGUCAUGGGGUUCGUUGGUGACUUUCCUGGUCGGAUGGAUGACCUUUCUCCGGGACAUGGAUGCAGAAAAUCUUGUAUUGGUCUUCGAGCUGAUGACAGAUCUCCAACCACGAGCGAACAGCGCAUUGCAGCAUCCUACCAAAGGCAUCUUGAUGCUUCCCACUAUCAUGUACUAUGCAAAAGUGUUCGCAAGAGUGGCGAUUGGUCUGGAGAAGAGACCUGAUCUGACAAUGCAUCUCAUCACUACCGACGUAGACGAGGAUGGCCAAAGCGAAUCAUUACCAGAAAGAGCAGCCAAUAUCGUACGACAAGCCUUCAUUAUAUGCCUUAAUGACCGCAACACAGUACCCGGCGGCAUCAAAGAUGGCAAGCCUGAUGGAAAGAAAGUUGGAAUCUACAAGAUGGCAAACAUAUGUCUGAAGACUCUAUUUCAGGCCGAUAAGCUCGGAAGUUGCGAAACGAUCUUCAACAAUAUAUCGAAUUCGUCACCGCCAUUACACUUCUAUCCAGCUGCAGAGCGUAUCACCUAUCUCUACUACCUCGGGCGGUACCAAUUUAGCAAUACCAACUUCUACGGAGCUCAGCUCGUUCUGGACCUAGCUUACAGAGGCUGCCACAGGCAAUGUCCAAGUCAGCGUCGCUUGAUUGCUGUCUGCCUUGUCGCUGCCAACAUCAUCCUUGGCCGAUUUCCAAACGAACACAUAUACAACGACCCUGCAUGCGUGGGCUUCCGGGAAGUAUUCGAACCGCUCGCUCGUGCGAUUCGCAAGGGCGAUCUCGAAACUUUCCGUCGAAUAACGAACCUGGACCUUUCACAUCCAAGUGCAGAGUUCAUGAUCAAGUACCGAAUUUUCUACCCAAUCGGCAACUACUGCGAGGUCCUCGUAUGGUGGUCGCUUCUUCGCAAGACAUUCAUCCUUACCGGGAGCAUAGGGGAAGCAUCGAAAUCGGCUGCUCUGCUCGAUCUCAAUGCGGCGGUUCUUAUAUUUCGCUUUCUCGAGGCACGCUCACUCAUCAAGAACGCUGCAAUGGCCGCGCAGGAUCGCGGCCCAGGUCGUCGCAACUUCGGCCACAUCUAUCAGGACCACGCAUCAACAAACAAAUCGACAUACAUCGACCCGGACUUUGUUGGCAUGGAAGGGGUACCGCCGUACAUCCACGAGUUUGAUCUUCUGGAGAUGGAGUGCAUAUGCGGCAGUCUCAUCACCCAAGGUUAUUUGAACGCAUACAUCGCUCAGGCAAAGCAGAAGUUGGCUAUUCAAGGUGUGAAGACGGGCAACCUAAGUGCUGGAUUCAUCAACCCGUGGGAGGUCAAUAAGGAGAGAAACAAUGAUGAGGUGCUUGGAUGGAAGAAAGAAGCUGGAGGUGAUGGAGGGCAGGUCGUUAGGCUGUCGUUUGCGGCACCAGCUGGAUCGUAG